GAUACACUCUCUUUUUGUUAUUACUUCCCUCACUUCCGUUUAAGAAUGGACAUUGAAGCUAGCUUUAGCGAGUAUAAGGAAGAGUAAAGACCAAGGUAAAACACAGAAACACUACAGGAAAAGGGUUCUCGAACAAGAUCUCUUCAGGCCAUAGAAGAGGAGAGAUCAAACCCAGCAGAGAAGAAACCCUAGCCUGUUCACUCAUGGCGGAUUUACCAGAAGGCUCUGUCCGGAACAUUCUAGAGCAGGAGACAUUGAAGUGGGUGUUUGUAGGAGGGAAGGGCGGGGUCGGGAAAACCUCUUGCAGCUCAACUCUCGGUAUACUGCUCGCUCAGGUCCGAUCCUCUGUGCUUAUCAUCUCCACCGACCCUGCCCACAAUCUAAGCGAUGCUUUCAAUCAGAGGUUCACGAAGUUCCCCACCCUCGUCAAUGGCUUCUCUAAUCUCUAUGCAAUGGAAGUUGAUCCUAAUGUUGAGCAUGAAGACACAGAUGGAAUGGAUGGAUUUUUGUCUGAAGUGGCUAAUGCAAUUCCUGGAAUUGAUGAGGCUAUGAGUUUUGCUGAGAUGCUUAAAUUAGUGCAAACUAUGGAUUAUUCUGUUAUAGUAUUCGAUACUGCUCCAACGGGUCACACACUCCGGUUAUUACAAUUUCCAUCAACUCUUGAAAAAGGGCUUGGGAAAAUGAUGAAAUUCAAGAGCAGCUUUGGUUCCGUGUUGAAUCAGCUGACUAGUCUUUUUGGAGGUGGUAAUGAAUUUGGUGAGGAUGCAAUAUUAGGAAGGCUUGAGGGAAUGAAAGAGAUUAUUGAGAAAGUUAACAAGCAGUUCAAGGAUCCGGACUUGACAACAUUUGUCUGCGUUUGCAUACCGGAAUUCUUGUCAUUGUAUGAGACUGAAAGGCUUGUGCAAGAACUCACUAAAUUUGAAAUGGAUACACACAAUAUCAUUAUUAACCAAGUGAUUUUUGAUGAAGAAGUUGUGGAAUCAAAGUUGCUCAAGGCAAGAAUGCGGAUGCAACAGAAGUACUUGGAUCAGUUUUAUAUGUUAUAUGAUGACUUCAACAUUAUUAAAUUACCUUUGCUGGCAGAAGAGGUUCGUGGUGUUGAGAAUCUAAAGGCCUUUUCACGCAAUUUUACAACACCAUACCGACCUUCUCUUGUUCGAGGGUCAGUUGAGGAGCUGGAGCAGAGGGUAUCUGUACUACGGCAAAGAUUGGAGGAUGCUGAAGCAGAACUUGAAAAGCUUAGGAAAGGAAAGCAGAAGGCUUAAGCUCUCACCUUUUCCUUUGCUUUUAACUUAAAAAAAAAACAGUUUGGAAGGACCCACCCUUAACUUAUAGGUACUACAAUGAUACUCUAUACAAUUUUAUCUUUGUGCUUUGUAUUAUUAGACAAAAUGAUGAAUAAUUUUCUCUAUAUACAGGCUUUCUUGAAUUGUUGUUUAAUUGCACAACAAUGUGUUGGGCAAAAUUUGACAUUAGACUUGUACUCUUUUGGCUGGUUUGGAGUACGUAUAUGAUGAAUUUUAACCAGCCUAGUAUGGUAUUGGGCGUGGAUUUAUGAUCAAUCACGUACUAAAACUUAUAGUAGUAAGAAAUUUGUACCUUUCUCCGUAAGCGGUAAAAACGAAGAAGUCGUAGGAAGAGCGUUGAAAGUGCAAACGUAACCGUUCAAGCGUCCGGUCUCCAACUUUGACACACGAACAACGCCGGAGUCUACCACAAUCUUUAUGCUAGUAAAGAUUAUAGUAGUAU